AUGGAAGAAAUGACAAAGCUAGAAGACCACCGAGCCUUGUGUGAGCACAGUAGGAGAUAUUAUGACGCCUUCAAGAUUUCGAAUGACACGAGAGACUCGGAUCCUAAUGUGAGUUGGUUUUUGCUAGCAGGUAUAUGGGAUGAAAUUAUUGAAAUGCUGAGAAAAUAUGAGCUUCCUGAUGAAUUUGAGGCCAUAAAAAAGUUGAUACAAUUAGGAACCAGGUAUCGCCACCUUGUUGAGCCUCUUGAUAUUGCUAACUAUUAUAGGCACUCAAGGGGUGAACUCACCAGGCGUUACAUGAAAAAAGGCGGCAGGCCAAAGCGUUACAAAUACACACAAAGAUGGCUGGAGCAUUACCAAAAGUUGCAAAUAGGAACCUGUGGGGAAUCCUGCUUUUGGGCAGAGGUGGAGGAGUUACUCAAACAAACUCAUAGCGCCAAAGCAAUCUACGGGGAAAGGGAUAGAGUUUUGGAGCUGCAGAGAAACUUAGGAAAAUGGAUCAAAGAUGGGGAGGUUGGUAGUAAGUAUGUGUUAUUGGAGCAGUCUACCUUUGUCAAAUUGUGGAACAAACUACCUUCGCAGCUCAAGUCAGAACCCAUCAUAGGAUUCAUGAAGGAGCAAACAAGCAUUGCAAAUGUUGUAGUAUCUUGA